AGCAAUCCAAACGCAGGAUUUACCAAGAUAUCACAUCGUUUCAGCUACACCAGCGCCAAAGAAAUAGGGGGUCGCGAACAAGGAUCGACAGCUGGCACCAAUCCCCACCGGGCCGUCAAUAGGCCAGCCAGGCCUACCAUUUCCGUCGACUUGAGACGAAGCGUCCAAAGACCCAGUCCUUCUCCCAAUGACACAAUUCACCCAAUCCACUUCUCCCUCCGAGCAGGACACUCGAUAAUACCUACCUAAUUCAACGCCCAAAACACCUAAAUCCGGGUAUUUCGAUAAUACCACAUGUUAUAACGACUCACGAAAAACUCCGCUCUCAUUCCCACUCCACCCUCACAACCCCGCGCGAGCUAGAACGAAAGAAAUGUCCGGCCUCGACUCCCCCGACGUAAGCGCGGCCUACGACGCCGUCCGAUCCGACAAGGACGACACGAACUGGCUACUCCUCUCGUAUGCGGGCGCCAUGGGCGACAAGCUCGUGCUCUCAGGGACUGGCUCAGGCGGUCUGCAGGAGCUCGGGCCCAAGCUGGACGAUGGGCAGGCCCAGUACGCGUACGUGCGAAUCGAGUAUGCCAACGACACGGAGAGCACGCGGGUCAAGUUCGUUCUUCUGAUUUGGAUCGGCGAGAACACGAAGGUCAUGCGUAAGGCGCGCGUUUCUAUCGAGUCGGGGGCCGUAAAGAGGGUUCUUAGCCAUCAUAGCAUCUCGGUUGAUGCGCGGGACCGUGGGGAUAUCGAUCAGGAUGAGAUUGUUGCUCGUUUGAGACGGGCGGGUGGUGCGGAUUACAAUGGUGGACGGGGUUGAGAGAGGGAAUGAUGGAGGGGAGAGUAGCGGAUGAGAGGUGCCCUCUGGGUUGCACGACAGGUGGCUGAAGAGGGGUACCCUUCGUCGGGCUCGAAACCCUCUAGAGCUUGCUCUUCCGCUCAUACAACAUUGUUUCCCCGCCCCUUCUUACGACAGACAACGAAUUAUACUUUUCAACAUAGCGAGGCGUAGA